AUGGAAGCAAGCGUCUCUAAAGUAUACACCCAUGUAAUCUUUUACCUAUUUCAAGAAGAAGUGAGUGCAGCAUGUUUCACAUGUGGUCAUGCAAGGUCUGAAAUUAGGGAUGGAAUGGAAUACAUUACUAUCACUGAAGAUAGAAAGAAGAAGAAUUAUGAGGUCACUUUAGAUCCAAUGAAUUUCGAUGCCAUAUGUUCAUGUUCACUAUUCGAGAGAGUUGGAUUGGUAUGUAGGCAUGUUCUUUGGGUUUACAAGGCCAAACAUUUGAAUAAGUUGCCCGAUAAAUACAUCCUCACUCGAUGGACGAAGGAAGCACACAAAAGUCAUAUUCAUGAGUUUGGUGAAAAUUUUCCUAAAGAUUGUGGAAAGGUAGAAAUGAAGCAGAUAAAAUUAGGUGAAUUGUGGACUGAAAUAUAUACAACCAUUGGUCUCGUUAAAGAAAGGGAUGAAGAUAUUGAUGCUCUAAUUGAAAAUCUAAGAGGCUUCAGGAAAUCCAUUAAAUCGGGUGAGGAUAAUACGUCAAUGACAAAAGACCAAGUCAUUCAAGAAUUAAUAGGAUGUAGUGCUCCAAACGAGGUAACUAUAAAAGUUCCUGAGAAAGCCAACAACAAGGGUAGGAAGAGGCUCAAAUCUGUGAAAGAAAAGACUAUUGAGAAGCAACAAAAACCACUAAGAAGAAUUUCCAAGGCCUUAAAACCAAGUAUUGUGGGGUGUUACUGUGUUACAGGUGAGCUUGAUUCAUCAAAAGCAGCAGGAAAAAUGGUGAUAUUUGACAGAGGAGAUACUGCUCGAGUUGCCAAGGGUGAUGCAGUUAAACAAGCUGGCGGUGUGGGAAUGAUCCUGGCUAACACAGCUGAAAAUGGUGAAGAACUAAUAGCUAAUAUAGAUAGUUGGUGUUUUUUUUUUAUAUAUUAA